AUGGCUGGCUGCGUACUGAUGAGCGGUCUGGCCACGGCCACGACAGGUGCUGGGGAAGGAACCACUGGGGCACGUCUGGCAGCCAGGAGCACCUCAGGUGCUGCCUCGGCUGGUUCAAAGCAACCUUCUUUGUUACAGUUUCAUGAGACAAAGGAACGGCAGGAGCGAGGAACGGCAGGACAAGAGAACAAGUCUCAGGGUUGGAGGAAGGCAACAGAAUACGCACAAGCUCCUAGCAGCCUGGGCAAGACCAUCGCCCAAGCCUUCACCGAGCUCGCCUGGUUUUCUAGAAGGACGCAACGAAGACACAACAUUGGAGAAGUGAGAAGAAAAGCGGGCCACCUUCCCGUGCAACCAAUGACUGUGACCCAACGUGGCAAGUGGGAGACAAAAGUGGCGGCAACCAACGAAAUGAGGUCCCCCAAAGCGACAGGGACGCCCAACACGCCCAGAGACCUAGCCAGAAGCAAGCGGUCCCCCAUUUCCCUCUUCUCUCCCGGCUCCUUUCCCACCGCUCAGCAGAAAAUUUCCCUGGCGUCCCCCAAAGGAAAUCUCGACCCCGCCGCCAAAAUUCCCAUACUAAAAUUUACUUCCCAACCCUCUUCGCCGUCUCCCUACUUCACCUCCUCUCCCUUUCACCACAUCUCUCUUUCUCUCCUUACGCUCCUACGUCCAUUUCUUCAUCCUCCCCGAAUCGACGAUUUGCGACCAAACGAACACCGACCUCCUGUUCGUCCCGAGGUCUUCCAUUGUCGACUCUGA